AAAGCGAACAUUUUUUUUCCGUGGAAGAGAGAGAGAGAGAGAGAGAGAGAGACUGAGAACUUCCUUUGAGAUUGGCGAAAUCGUGGUGUUUGAUACAAAAGAAAAAAACAGAGAGAGAAAACAAAAUUUUCCCGGAAAAGGGAAUCCAAAAAUGCAUUGCAAGACCCUUUGUUUGGCGUUGAGAUUUGAUCCUUUCCCUUCAAUCUCAUGGUCUUGGAUCUUUCUCGUUUCUUUUUAACAUUCUGGUCGUCGGUUCUUGAAAGAGCUUCAUAUUCUGUUGGAGCAAAAAGAUCGUUUUUUGAGCCUACCUCACAAUUCUCUGCUUCAAAUUUAAUUCUGGGUGGGUUUCCAUUUCUCCAAAAAGAUUCAUUCACUCUGCUGCAUUGCUUGCAUCCGUGUUUUAAAGUUAGGUUCGAUGAAGUGGCAAUGAGGUGUGUGGCUAAGACAUGGAGGUUAGAUCAGAGGGUAUACAAGUGAGGUGUGAUAAACUUCAGGGUCCUGUGAUUCCUAAGACACGUUUGAGGAUUUGGUUCAUUCGUGUGUGCUCAAGCAUUGUGUUGUGGACGUGUCUGGUUCAGUUAGUGACAGUUAGUGAACUAUGGCAUUCACAUUUAAUUUCUGGGAUUACUAGUGGUAUAUAUCAUAUAACCCAAGUUCAGCUUCCAAUACAAGCGAAUAAAGGAGUUGCUCAAGCACCUCCUGCUUUACUUCCUGCAAGAAAUUACACUAGUAAUGGUUUUCUAAGAGUUUCCUGCAAUGGGGGCUUGAAUCAAAUGCGUGCUGCGAUUUGUGACAUGGUGACAGUUGCUCGUUUUUUGAAUCUCACAUUGGUUGUUCCUGAGCUUGACAAGACAUCAUUUUGGGCUGACCCUAGCAAUUUUGAGGACAUUUUUGAUGUGAAACAUUUCAUUGAUUCUUUAAGAGAUGAAGUUCGAAUAGUGAAAAGGGUGCCCAAAAAGUUUAGUAGAAAGUAUGGAUACUCUACCUUGGAGAUGCCUCCUGUUAGCUGGUCAAAUGAAAAAUAUUACAUGGAGCAGAUUUUGCCACUUUUUGGAAAACAUAAGGUGUUACACUUCAACAAAACUGAUGCACGUCUAGCAAACAAUGGUCUUCCACUUGAUCUACAGAAGCUCAGGUGCCGUGUCAAUUACCAGGCACUUAAAUUUACUCCUCAAAUUGAGAAUUUGGGGCACAAGUUGAUUCAGAUACUUCAUAAGAAGGGACCUUUUGUGGCGUUGCAUCUGAGAUAUGAGAUGGACAUGUUGGCUUUCUCAGGCUGCACUCAGGGUUGCAUGGAUAAAGAAGCUGAGGAGCUCAAACGGAUGAGGUAUGCUUUCCCUUGGUGGAGAGAAAAGGAGAUAGUUUCUGAAGAGAGGAGAUCACAGGGUCUUUGUCCUUUGACACCAGAGGAGGCAGCCUUUGUUCUGCGAGCCUUAGGUUUUGGUAGGGAGACACAGAUCUAUAUUGCAGCUGGUGAGAUUUAUGGUGGUGAACAUAGACUUGCACAAUUGAGAGCUGCGUUUCCACAAAUUGUGAAAAAGGAAACGUUGCUGACCCGUGAUGAUUUGCGGCAGUUUCAGAAUCAUUCAUCACAGAUGGCAGCCUUGGAUUUUAUGGUUUCAGUAGCCAGUAACACGUUUAUUCCUACCUAUGACGGGAACAUGGCAAAAUUAGUGGAAGGUCAUCGCAGAUAUUCUGGUUUUAAAAAGACCAUCUUGCUGGAUCGAAAAAAGCUGGUAGAAUUGCUUGAUAUGCAUCAAAAUGGAACCCUUUCCUGGAAUGAGUUUGCAGAUGGUGUGAGACAGGUUCAUGAAAAGAGAAUUGCUCAGCCAACUCGGCGCAGAGUUAUUUUAGAGAAGCCAAAGGAGGAAGACUAUUUCUAUGCAAACCCUCAUGAGUGUCUCUGUGAGGAAACAAAUUGUGAUGACUUACUUGGUCCUCAUAACUCUAGUCAAGUACAUUACUCAUGAGUAAGGAGGAGGAAUCCAAAAAAUGCACUCAUUCCACUAACUUACUCAGGUGCUCUGUUAAGAAUCAAGAUUACUGCCAUAAGAUCUCAGAUUACUAGAAUUUUGUAGAGAAGAGAAAAAUAAUAGAAAAGAGAGGAAAAUUAUUCUUCUAUUGAGCCU